AUGAGAGCCACCAGAGUCCUUUUGAGAACCCCAAUGAUCAAGUUCCUGGGCAAGCGACCCACCAACGUCAAAGUGGACCACACCCCACGACCCCAUCCCUUGUCGCCGACCGGAUCUCUACCACCAUCAUUCACCGCUGCCACCAUCCCUCUCAACAAGGGCUCCAGCAGUAACUAUUCCCCUCCUGGAGACGGCGAGUUUGCUUCUCGACGAGAGCUGUCCAAGCGAUUCCAGUACCGACCCUUCUCCGAGAACGAGAUCAACGAGGUCAACUCCGGCGGUGCUUUCUUUUAA